UCCAUAUUUAUUUCAUUUAUUUAUAUUAAAUUGUAUUCCUCUUUUUGGGUGGGUAAGACCUUGAAAAAGAUAGACAGAGGACAAUAAUGGAAACGAGGGAGAAGUGGAUGAAUAAGGAAUCCAAAAUAGAAGUUUUGUGGUUUAGAAUAGACAUAUUUAUACGCUUACUUUGUACAUUCCCAUAUAUGUCUACAUACCAUAUAAUAAUUUUCUUCCUUACAUUCACUUCCUGAAAGUUUCUAGGGUUUUUGUCAAAUCUUCUAAUUUUCCAUCUUUGUACCCUUUCUAUAUAUAUCUAUAGUUCUCAUACCUGUCCAGUAGAGUUUUUUGGGAUCUAUCAUUUGUGGAAUUUUUUUCGACAGAUUUGGCGUAGUGGGUUUUGGGUAGUCAAACCCAUCUGUGUUUUUAUUCCUAAUAAUGGAAACUCUUUUGAGUAAAAUUCGUUGUGGAUGAGAUAAGAUAUUUUGGUUGUUACGCUUGAUCUUUCUCCCAUUUCAGAUUUUCGACCAUCAUGGUGAGAGGGAAAAUCCAAAUGAAACGGAUCGAGAAUGCAACCAGCAGACAAGUGACAUUCUCGAAACGUCGAAGUGGGUUGUUGAAGAAAGCUCAGGAGCUUGCUGUUCUUUGCGAUGUCCAACUUGGUCUCAUCAUUUUUUCUCAAAAAGGCAGACUCUAUGAGUUCUCAACUACCGAUAUGCAGAAUAUUAUCGAACGAUACCAUAAACAUGCAAAAAUUCAAGAGCAAACCAAUAAAAUGGAAGUCGAGCAACACACGCAGCGAUUGAAACUUGAAACUGCAGACAUGGCAAAGAAGAUUGAACUCCUUGAAGUCUCAAAACGGAAGUUUCUGGGUCAAGACAUAAGCUCUUGUUCUCAUGAGGAACUCCUUAACAUUGAGCACCGACUAGAACAAAGCUUACGCAGCAUCAGAGCAAGAAAGGAGCAAUUGUUUCAAGAGCAGAUAGAAAAACUAAAAGCCAAGGUGACAAUGUAAUUUACUUAAAUUAAUAAUAGCAUUGUAUGUAUGACAGAAUACUAGUGGAGAAAACCUAUUGCGAGAGUCAAUGUUUCGAGAGAAAGAAGUGGUUAGGUACUGGAGUAAAAGUAGCAAUAGUACUAAUACAGAGGUGGAGACAGGACUCUUCAUUGGGCUCCCUGAAAUUCGGUGUUGAUCAUUAAUUAAUGAAUCAUCAAAGGCAUUGCCACUCGUAUAACAUUUGUAUAUCUAUAAAUCAAUAUUUUACAAAAUUUGUAGAUGAAGACAUAUUUGUUCUCUAAAACUACUAUUUUGAUUUUAAAUGUAUUUUUUACAAUAAUCGAAAAUGAUCGAUGUAUGAUUAUGAGAUCAUUAUUACUCCAAAUUUGGUCAUGAUUUGCUUGUAUUAUAUAAUAAAUUUCUCAA